AUGAAUUCCCUGCCUCAUCUAGAUUCUCAUCAAACAAUACAUCAAAAGAGACUUGGUGCGUCGCGCUACCAGCAUCAGACUCAGAAUGGACCACCUCGUCACCUCAACAACGGAAUCGUCCUCGGUGUCGCGACAGCGAAGUCACCUCAGCUUCACUAUUUCCUUUCCACCAUGCCGGAAAUUUCACCUCGGCAUCACUACAGUGUUGACUCCACCUCGAGUUCACCUUGUAGCGAUCACCUCGUAACCAGAAUUCAAGAUAAACAAAACAAAAAAAAAACCAUCGCGUCCACUACGACAAAACCAACCUCGGUGAACUCCACCUCGACGGCUGCUCAAUUCGCUUUGGCAUACUCUCAGACCACCUCGGCGUCUUUGGAGGCUCAACUCGGUCACAAUUCCACAAGUCUACCUCUCCGCCUCGGCUGCGAUCCACCUCGGUCACAAUGCCACAAGUCUACCUUUUUGCCUCGGCUGCGAUCCACCUCGGUCACAAUUACACAAGUCGACCUCUCCACCUCGGCGGCGUUCGGUUUAAGCUCGGUUGGCAUAAUCACUUGGGCUCAGGAAGACGUGGUUAUUCAAAUCAAGUCGCGAUUUUUGCAGUCACCCAGGAGCGAGUAUGGCAGAAACAUUGAUCUUAUCCUUGCAAUAAUUCUCAACGCGGUACCAUCAUACUUGAUACUAUCGAGCUGGGGGCUAACUGUAGGGGUCGGAUUCCAUCCCUGUAAGAUCAAAGCCACAAAAUGGCUAAGUAUGGAAACUGCAUGA